AUUAAGGGAAAACUUUCAAGAAUAUGUAUAUAUUAUCUUGGCAAACACUCUUCACACCAACCAGCCUAAACAUAGUAAUUGUAAAAAUUCAAUCAAACUCCUCAGGCUCAAAUCUCCAACCUCUCCACCAAAUAAUCACCACAAUGUUUCCAAACUUUUUCAGCCUAGUCUCCUUGUACGGAACCUAUCUCCGCCGCUGCUACUCAGCCACAGGGCUCUCCUCACAAACCAUCAACAUAGACAACGAAACCACAAUCCACUUCUGGGGUCCAAAAGAAACUGCCCAAAACCAAAAACCCUCACUAGUUCUCAUCCAUGGCUUUGGUCCAAUGGCAAUUUGGCAGUGGGGUCAACAGGUCAAAUUCUUUUCGCCUCACUUCAACGUUUAUGUUCCUGACCUGAUCUUCUUCGGUGACUCAACCACGAAAUCCCCAGAGAGAAGUGAGGUGUUUCAAGCUGUUUCUGUGGGGAAACUCAUGGAGACAUUAGGGGUUCAAAAGUAUCACGUUGUGGGAACAAGCUAUGGUGGGUUUGUGGCUUAUCAAAUGGCGAAGAUGUUUAGGGAGAGAGUUGAAAAAGUGGUGAUAGCUAGCUCUGGUGUGAAUAUGAGGCGCAGAGACAACGAGGCUUUGUUGAAGAGAGCAAAGUUGGAGAAAAUUGAGGAGCUAAUGUUGCCGGCCACGGCGGAGCAGUUGAGGACGUUGAUGGUUUUGUCUGCGAACAAACGUUUCAACAUCUUGCCUGACUUUUUCUUCAAUGAUUUCAUACACAAAUUGUACACCGAAAACAGGAUGGAAAAGUUGGAACUUCUGAAGGGACUUACCCUUGGAAGAGAGGACACACCAAACAUUUCUCCUCUUCAGCAGGAGGUCUUGAUAGUAUGGGGAGACCAUGACCAAAUAUUUCCUAUAGAGAUGGCUACAGAACUCAAAGAGCUUCUUGGGGAGAAGGCAAGAUUGGAAGUAAUAGAGAACACAUCACAUGUUCCUCAGAUUGAUUGCUCAGGACAGUUCAACAACAUUGUCAAAAAGUUCUUAAGUGGGUCCUUGUGAUGACCUAAUUGUCUAUUUAAAAAUGUUGGGUUGGAUUUGAGUAGGCACCAAAUUUUUCCUACUUUUGCUUUAGAUUAUAUGAAGUAACAAAUACUAGGCGCGUUUCGUGCAUUCUUGUUCUGCAUUA